AUGGCAGCAUCCUCCUCCUCAACCAAGAAUGGCUCUGCAUCUGCCUCGACCAGCGGCAUCUUCAAUGAAGCACACUCAUUGAUCUCCCGCGGUGGCCUCGGCAGUGCCUCUCUAAACGCCCCACACCUGCCUCGUCCCUCACCCGCGAUCCAACCGCAAGAGCUCAAUGCCGCCCUCGACAACUACGAAGCGCAGUUCCUCCCCCACGGUCCCAAGUCCCUCUCCGGCAUCGCCCUGCGCUCCUUUCUCCUUGGACUCGCCCUCUCCUCCACCCUCCUCCUGACGACGUCCCUCCUCUUCUCGAUCGGCACCCCCCUCUGGCGCGCACCCUUCUUCCUCGCCGCGCUCAGCGUCUUCCACUUCCUCGAGUUCUACACCACCAGCUACGCCAACACGUCCGCCGCCAAGAUCUCCAGCUUCCUCUUCUCGAGCAACGGCUCCGCCUACACCGUCGCGCACACGGCCUCCCUCCUCGAGACCCUGCUCGCCCACACCUUCCUGCCGGGACCCCUCCUGCCACGCUGGGCACACUACGGGGCCCUCUGUGCCGGUCUCGCCUGCCUCCUCGUCGGGCAGGCCGUCCGCGCCAUCGCCAUGCUACACGCCGGCCCCAACUUCUCGCACGUGGUGCGCCACACGAAGUCCACGUCCCACGAGCUGGUCACCACGGGCAUCUACGCCUAUCUCCGACAUCCGAGUUACUUCGGGUUCUUCUGGUGGGGCAUUGGCACCCAGCUGGUAUGCGGGAACACGGUGUGUCUGGUGGCGUACACAGUCGUAUUGUGGAAGUUCUUCAGCAGUCGAAUCAGUGGAGAGGAGGAGCUGCUGGUAGGCUUCUUUGGAGCGGAAUACGUGGGUUACAAGGCGAGGACUAGGGUCGGCAUUCCCUUUAUCAAGUAG